GCAAUUGUCAGUAACAAAAAGUUUCUCGAUCCUUUUCAACAUUAAUCAAGAUUUAUUUUCAAAAUUACACAGUAAAAUUUUUUAUAAAUAUAUUUCUUUAAUUAUAAUUAUAUAAAUAAUUAAAAUGCCAGGACAAAUUGAAAAGCCAAAAACAGCAAAAAGAGCAACUUUUGGAAUGGGUUGUUUUUGGGCAGGUGAUUCAUUAUUUGGAGCAAUACCUGGAGUAUUAAGAACAACUGUUGGAUACUCUGGUGGUACAAAAUUAUCACCAGCUUAUAAAAAUAUUGGUGAUCAUACUGAAGUUAUUGACAUUGAAUAUGAUCAAAAAAUUAUUUCAUUUAAUCAAUUGUUGAGUUUAUUUUGGAACAAUCAUGAAUAUGGAUUGACAACAAAAAUCAAGACUCAGUAUGCAUCAUUGAUACUUUAUCACGAUGACGAGCAAAAAUUAUUGGCUGAAAAAUCAAAAGAUCAUUUACAAAAUAAAACAAAAGAACAUUUUACAACAGUUAUUAAACCAUUUGAAUGUUUCCAUCCAGCUGAAGAUUAUCAUCAAAAAUAUCGUUUACAAUCACAUACAUGGCUUUUACAAUCAAUUGGUGAAAUAACAUCAGAAAAUUUGCAAACAUCAACAUUAGCUGCAAAAUUAAAUAGUUACAUUGCUGGUGCAUCAACACUUGAAGAAUUUGAACGUGAUCCAAUGAUUGCAGAAAGACUUAAUGAAAAACAAUAUCAGUAUUUGAAAGAUUGUCUUAUUAAAAAUCAAGGAAAUGGUCUUUAUUGUUAGCUAUUUUUAAUAUUAUCAAUUUCAAUCAUUAUCAUCAUUAUUUUCAUCAACAAAAAGAAAAAAAGAAAAAAGAAAUUUUCAAAUAGCCAAUACACAAUAAGUGCUACAAAAUUAAUUAAUUAUUAUUUCCAGUAUUACCGAGUCUCAAUGUUUAAUUUUUUCUUUUAAUUAAUUAAUUUUUAAUACACUGUAU